AUAAUAAUAAGAUCAUACCAAUUAUACCUUUACCUGAACCUUUAAUAAAACAAGUAAAAGCUUGUGUGUCUAAAUGUUUUUCAAUAAACGAUGUAUUUUAUGGACUACUAUGAUUUUCAAUUUCUUAUUUUUGGGUGUGGCUGGAAUAUUUAUUGCAACAGCAAUGAUUGACAUAAUGGCAAAAAAUUCUCCGCUUUGGAUCCCUAUAUUAACAAAUAUCUUGGGAGUAAUUCUUUUAGUAAAUUACUUUUUGGGAUUUUUUGGUGCAAUGGAAAAGCAGUUGAAUCUUCUAAAAUUAUACAUUGUUAUAAUUUCUGCAGUCUCAGUUGUAGAAUCCAUAUUUGGGAUAAUUCUUUUGUGUUAUAAGUUUGAAUCACCUGUUAGGAAUAUUUUAAUUGGUGGUGCUACAAAUAUUGGAGUUUUUAUGGUGGUUGUAUCAGUGUUAAAAGGAAUUGCGGCGAUUUUUUUCCAACAUUUUAGAAGGUUUUACACUACUAACAAAAUAGAGUAUUUCGAAUCAAAUUCCGAUUCCCAAACUUUAUUCAAAGAAGAUACAGAAAGUUUAGAUUAAAAAGCUUCAGUCCAAGUACUUUCCAUAUCUCCGUCUUUGAUUUCUUAUUGCGUUAGCAAGACUUAGCGACAGUGUAGCUCCAACAACCUGCAAAACUGUGGAAUAAAAGCUUUAUUUUACUCUCGAAGAUGUUACUUCAAGCGGUGCCAAGCCAAGAAUCGUUGUUCCAAUUCCUCUAAUAGUUAAUAUAAUAAAAUUGUAAACUGCUUUUUUACAUCCAUCUGCAAACGCUAGUGUAGUGGUAUCAUGAUUUUUGUAGCAACUUUUUAUAAUAUCUGGUAAAAUUGUCAAAUUUUUAAUAGAUGUGAUACCGGUUGGUCCACAGCAUUUUAGUUCUUCUUGAAUAAAGUUAAUCAGCUCUGUG